AUGGCUGCUAAACGAGCUCAAUCUACACCGGAGGAAGCUGAAAGACAGCGGAUGCUUGUAAUGGAAAGAAGUGCCGUCAGAAGAGCUGCCUUUACAACAGAACAGGCUGAACGAGAGCGUACCCUUGUGCAAGAAAGAAGUGCAGCUAGACGAGCUGCCUUAACACCACAACAAGUUGAUCGUGAACGUACUGUGGCCCGAGACAGAAGCUCAGCUAGAAGAGCUACUUUAAAAUUGAAAGAAAUCGAAAAACAACGAGAGCAAGCUCGUGAGAAAGUUGCAGCAUGGAGAGCUACUCUUACACCGAAAGAAAUCCAGCUACAACAAACAGUUGCUACUGAACGAACUAGAAGUAAACGAGCUACAACGUUGCCAAACAAAGCUGAAGAACAGCGCGUGGUAGCUCGCAAAAGAAGUACCGCAAGACGAGCUCCUUACACACCUGAUGAACUCCAACGUCUGCGCAUCUGUUCGUCAGAGAAAGCACCUUCGAAAAAGUGGCAAGCACCAACAAGAAAGGCUGAAAACAAAACUAUAAGAAAGUAA